AGCAAAAUUCUUUGAAGCAAAUAAAUUCACUCAAACGAAAUAAAAUUAACUUUUAAUUAUUUUAAACAUCAAAUAAUAAUUUGUAAUGUCACGAGAUAUUGGUAAACUGUCUCAAUCAAUGCCACCAGUAAAAUCUGGAUUCUGGCUCUGGACAGAUAUAUAUAAGCAAAAUCCAAAUGACUUUUUAAGUAAAGAGCGACCUCGCGAUAAAUGCUUCAUAUGUAGUAAUAAAUACCCUGAGCAUUCUGUAACCAUCCCAACAGCAUAUGAUUGUGAAAAAUGCUAUCAGGCAAUUAUUGAAGAAGAUUUUAAAAAUUGGACAAGUGGUUACCAAGAAAUUGAUAUGGUUAUUAGACAAUCACAAUUAAAUUCCAGGAAAUCAAAUUAUAUGUUUCUUGAAGUUUUCCCUUUUAAUUUUGGGCAAUUGGAGGUGAUUGGAAGUGGUGGAUUUUCAACCGUUUACUUAGGAAUAAUCCCAGAAUCUCGAUAUUGGAGACAAUACCAGUAUAAUCAUGUAGUUCUCAAAUCUAUUUUGAAAUCAAACUCGAAUAUUAUCACAAAUUUGGCCAAAGAGCUUGAGGUUAAUUCUAAGAUUAAUGAAGAUUUCGUUCCAAGAUAUUAUGGGAUAACACAAAAUCCAGAUAAUGGUCAAUACAUGAUUGUGAUGCAAUAUGUAGCUUAUGGGGAUUUACGUCGAUAUUUACAAGCUCCAGAGACGUUCAUUAGCUGGAAACAUGCAAUUUAUUUAUCUCGAUGUAUCAUGGAAUCACUGUAUAAAAUUCAUGAUCGUGGUUUUAUACAUAAAAACUUUCAUACUGGCAACAUACUGAUCGAUCAUACAAAAAGACCAUUAAUUUCCGGUUUAGGGUUCACUUCUUUUAUCGAAUCAGACGAAGUAAUCGGCGUCAUGCCAUAUAUUGCUCCAGAAAUCUUUGACCUUAAACCAUAUACUCAAGCGGCGGAUAUAUACAGUUUUGCCAUGAUUAUGUGGGAAUUCUCAUCACUACAACCACCCUUUGGUAAAUUUGCACAUGAUCACUAUUUGUUAAUUGAUAUUUGUAGAAACCACUUGCGACCUACCAUUACAAAUGCAACACCCAGGUGCUGGAUUGAUCUUAUGCAACAAUGUUGGGAACCCGAUCCAACAAAACGUCCAACCGUGUUACAAGUAUUAGAAAAACUUGAAUUAUGGUAUCAGAGUUAUGAUAAUAAUAUAUUAACAGAAAAUAUUAAACAAUUUUUUAUUUGUGAUGAAGAACGAUAUAAAUUUUAUAGCAUGGAAAGAGAGAAGAUUGAAGAACAUUAUUCGACGCAUCCACAAGCAAUUUAUAAAAGUAGAUCCAUGUCUUAUUAUAUUAGUCUUAUACAAUCUAAUCAAAUUGGUUGGAAUGAUGAGCUCGAAAGAAAACCAUUUGAUAAUUCAUUAAAUUCUUCAAAAAAAAGAUUAUACCCAAAUGUCGAACCAGAAUCAAAUGAAAUUGACAUAACGCAACAGAUUGAUGGUUCUCAUUUAUCAAAAAGAAGAUUAUACUCAAUAUAAGAAAAAUCAGAACGGGUUGAAAUGGGAAUAGCAUAAUACAACAAAUUGAUGGAAUUUCAUGUAAUUCUAAUUUACCAAUAUUCGGAUAAACAAGAAAAAUCUGAAUCGGAGAAAAAUGAAGCUGACAUAGCGUAACAAAUUGAUGGUAUUUCGCUAAAUUCUCCUCUUUGUAAAAAGGUUCGUCACACAUAAUAUUUUAAAACGUUUAAUUUACAAUUCUUAUAUUUAAAUAGUUACCAAUCUUUCGUGUUUCAAAUAAAAAAAAAAUAUUUAUCGUAGGAUAAAAAACAGGUCCUGCAUUUUCCCUAUUUUAUCUUAUUUGUACCUUAGUAAUAUAUGUAUUCCGCGAAGUUCCCAUCAAAAGAUCUUCAAAACAAAUAUUCUUUUUUUGAUCACGAUCUACUCAUACGUUUAAAGAAAUACUUUGAGUGAAAUUUUAAAUAAUCCUAAUCCAUAAUAAUUAAUCAUUAAUCAUUAUUGAGCAGAGUAGCG